CAUAUGCUGCCUAUUGUGAAUGCCAAAACAAAGUCAGCUGUUCGCCUCGUUGCUGCCGGUCUGUGAAAGUAAAUUGCAAAAAGUUGUGCAAUAUUAGCAGUUUUUGCUUAAGUUUCGUGGAGGAUUUUCAUGUUUUGCCCUCCUGGUGGUUGCCCUGAAGUGAGCCCCGACUUGCCUCACACCUCCAGCCACUUAAUCGGAAUCGUCUUCAAUUCAAAUUAUAUUAGUUUAGUUUCAUGUUUGUACAACAAACGAAGAGUAGGCUUAUUAAAAAUCUCAAUUUCACCUCACUCCGGUUCUUGGCUCGACGUGGCAGAAUGGACACCGAGAAUGUUUAUAUUCGGAAUGAGACCGACAGCUCUGAACUGAACAUUGCCUUUCGAUAUGUGAAUGAAAAACUCAACGUAGACAGGGAGUUCAAUUUCUGCAGGAAGCCAGAGGAGCUGACGCAGACUGUCUUGGCUAGGAUUCAGACCAAUGUCCACAAAGAGCUGGCCAAGAAACUGAAAAAGAAACUCGAUCAACUGCCGGCCGAAGUCAAGGUGGAGCUUUACCAAGAGGGCUCCGGUACUUCCUUCAAUGAAAUCACUUUCGCAGAACUGCUUAGCAGUAAUGUAAAUGCCAUAAAGCUCAAGGUGUUGGACAAGUCAUUCAACAUGGUUGUGAAUCCGCCCUGGAUAAAAAUCAUUCAGCUCCCAAAGUGCAUCUUGGCCAAGUGUCUGGUCUAUCCCACAAAGUUCGAGAUGCAGUUUGGAGACCGGGAGAGCAGUGAAGCCGUGUGGUAUAGGGCCAAGGAUCCCGGAAGCAAUCAAUGGGAGGUCUGUGGCCAGGGCUUUCGCUACGAGGCCAAGUCUGAGGACAUUGGUUUCUUUUUAAAGCUCGUAGUCACGCCGAAGAACGACAAGGGAAUGGUGGGGCCGCAGCUGGAAAGUAUUUCAAAGUCUGCAGUGCAGGCGGGACCAGGACUGUGUCCCUUCGAAACGCGUCAAAAGUGCACACCGACAUUCCUGAAAGGCUCCGACGAAAUACGGGUAGUGACUUAUAACCUCCUGGCGGACUUGUACGCAGACAGUGACUACUCCCGGAAGAACUUGUUCCCCUACUGCCCUCCCGAAUAUCUCCAAGUAGACUACAGAAAACAGCUCUUCCUGAAGGAGUUAUCUGGAUACCAUGCGGAUCUGAUUUGUCUCCAGGAAGUCGAUCAACGGAUUUUCGAUGUGGAUCUGCAGGAAGUCCUCACCCAACCGCCAAAUAAUUUCCAGGGCUACAUGUCGCAGAAGGGGGAAGUACCUGAGGGAGUUGCCAUUUUCUUUAGAACCUCACGAUUCGAGUUAAUAAAAUCCUACACUUUAAACUUGGGAAAAAAUAUUCCAACUCUGCCCAUUUUUGAAAGCCUGUGGAGUAAAAUUAAGAGCAACGAUCAGUUGGCGACGAGGAUCUGCGACCGAUCCACCACUGUUCAGAUAUGUUUCCUGAAAGUCAAGGACUCUGAGAACUAUCUCCUUGUGGCCAACACGCACUUGUACUUCCAUCCCGACGCCGAUCACAUAAGGUUGCUCCAAAUGUGCUUCUCCAUCAUCUACGUGGAGCAUAUCCGAAGCGAGGUUCUCAGGGACUUGAACAUUUCCAAUCCCAACAGCGUGGGACUCGUGUUCUGCGGGGACUUCAACAGCACUCCCGCCUGCGGCAUCUACAAGCUGAUGACCGAGAAGUCCAUAGACUCCAGCCUGGAUGACUGGAGGAGCAACUCCGAGGAGGCUGUUUCCGGGGUGGAGGUCUCCCAGCCCUUCGAAAUGAGCUCAGCCUGUGGCACGCCGCCAUUCACCAACUUCACGACCCUGUUUUCCGGCUGCUUGGACUAUAUCUACUACCAGAAGGACCGAUUCGAGCUGAUACAGUCUGUUCCCCUACCGAGCGAUGCUGAAUUCAAGGAGAAUACUGCCAUACCGUCUGCUGUGUUUCCAUCGGAUCACGUGGCACUCAUAGCCGAUCUCAAGUUUAGGCCAGCUUAGGGAUAUGAUUUUGGGAAUAAAUCAUAAGCAUUUUGUGAGAUUUAAUAAAUUUGCGAAGCAAUAAAGUACAAUUUUAUGUAUUUUUGUAUAAACUAGAGUGUCAGGGAUUUUCGUAUUAAGCCAUUAAGAAAAAAGGUCCAAAUAAUAAUCAUAAAAAAAUCGUGUUUGCAAAAGAAGCCAAAAUAAAUGGUCGUCGGGUAAGGCGACAACAAAUUGA